AAACGUGGUUUCGCAAGGUUACUAGGGCGAUAGCAAGAUGUCUGCAGGGAGGGCAUUUGUACUAGUUUUGGCCGCAAUCCUUCUGGCUUCGGAUGUGGCUCGGGCUCAGCUGCCGACUCCGGGCUAUCAGCGUUGCAGGAUGUACUGCGGCAUCGCGGAGACCGUGCGCAGGCAGUGCUGCUACCGCUACAACAUCUGCUGCCUGAUGAGGGACCAGCUGUACGGCUCACCAUACGUGGAACCAGAGUCGCCGUACAUUCAGCACGACCUGCACCUGGACGCCCGGCUCGGACCGCACCUGCCGUGAACGCAUCUCGUAAAACAUCUCGGGGGUCAAGGAAAAUAUGCAUUAGAUGUGGAAAUAAAGCGCAC